CACUGACCCCUGACUCCCCAGCUUUCACUACACACUACACGGAAGCAGCAUGGCGUCGAACAGUAACAUCUCCGAGCUGCAUCAAAAUGCAAAGGAAAGACUGAGAAUCAUUUCGGGUCAUUUACAAAAACCUGCAAAGAGGGAGCAACUCCGUGUCUCUGCAAACGAGUGCAAAGCAGAAGCGGCGGAUCGGAGUCUUGAGAAAAACAGGACCAUCCCUAAAAGAAGGCAGGAGACUCUGAAAUGGAAUGGCUGGGGAUAUAAUGAUUCCAAAUUCAUGUUUAAUAAGAAAGGUCAAGCUGAAUUUACUGGCAAAAGGUACCGACUCAGUGGCAUGGUCUUGCCUGCCUUGAGAGAAUGGUUUGAAAAAACCUUUGGAGCAAGCCUGGAGCACAAAACACCAGCCAGGUCUGCUCUUAACCCCAGUGAAGUCCCACCACCUAUUCUCAAUGAAGGAUUUGUCCAGGACCUUAAAGGUACUGCCAUACCGUUCUCUCAUGAAGCCGAAGACAGAAUCUUUAGAGCUCACGGACACUGCUUACAUGAAGUAUUUGCUCUACGAGAAGGAAAAUUUGAACGAGUCCCAGAUUUGGUGGUGUGGCCAAAUUGCCACAAGGAAGUGGAGAAAAUAGUGGAACUGGCUUGCAAACAUAAUAUUUGUGUUAUGCCUUUUGGUGGGGGGACCAGUGUCUCCAACGCCGUGGAGUGCCCUUCAGAUGAGAAGAGGACCAUCCUCUCCUUGGAUACUUCACAGAUGAAUCGAAUAUUGUGGAUUGAUGAGAAGAAUCUAACCGCACAUGUGGAAGCAGGCAUUGUUGGACAGGAUCUGGAGAGGCUUCUCAACGAGAGUGGUUACUGCACAGGCCAUGAGCCAGACUCAAUGGAGUUCAGCACACUCGGGGGCUGGGUGGCCACCAGAGCAUCUGGCAUGAAGAAGAACAUCUAUGGAAACAUUGAAGACCUGGUUGUUCACAUAAGAAUGGUGACACCUAGAGGUGUGAUAGAGAAAAGCUGUCAAGGACCACGGAUGUCUACAGGCCCUGAUAUCUAUCACUUUAUUAUGGGAUCAGAAGGAACGCUGGGUGUUGUUACCGAGGUCACAAUAAAAAUAAGACCGAUUCCAGAAUAUCAGAAGUAUGGCUCUGUGGUCUUUCCCAACUUCGACCAGGGAGUGGCCUGUUUAAGGGAAGUAGCCAAGCAGAGAUGUGCUCCGGCAUCUAUUCGAUUAAUGGACAAUGAACAAUUUCAGUUUGGACAUGCUCUGAAGCCCCAAGUAUCUUCAAUUUUUACUUCGUUUUUGGAUGGGUUGAAAAAAUUCUAUAUUACAAAGUUCAAAGGGUUCGAUCCUAACCAGUUGUGUGUGGCUACCCUAUUGUUUGAAGGGGACAGAGAGAAAGUUCUUCAGCACGAGAAGCAAGUCUAUGACAUUGCUGCCAAGUUUGGAGGCUUGGCAGCUGGAGAGGAUAAUGGGCAGAGGGGUUACAUGCUGACAUUCGUCAUUGCAUACCUUCGGGACCUGGGGAUGGAUUACUAUGUUAUAGGAGAAUCAUUUGAAACCUCUGUACCCUGGGACAGGGUACUGGACCUGUGCAGCAAUGUAAAAGAGCGAAUAAUAAGAGAAUGCAAAGAAAAAGGAGUCCAGUUUCCUCCACUGUCCACAUGCAGGGUGACACAGACCUAUGAUGCAGGUGCUUGUGUUUACUUCUACUUUGCCUUUAAUUACAGAGGACUCAGUGAUCCCGUCCAUGUUUAUGAUCAAAUUGAGCAUGCUGCUCGAGAAGAAAUUCUUGCCAAUGGAGGAAGCCUUUCACAUCAUCACGGAGUGGGCAAACUGCGGAAGCACUGGCUGCAGGAGACCAUCUCGGAUGUCGGCCUGGGAAUGCUGAGGUCUGUAAAAGAAUACGUGGACCCCAACAACAUUUUUGGAAAUAGAAACCUCCUAUAAGAAGCACUUUUUUUUUUCUUCUUUUCAUUUUACUACCAGAGACAAAGUUGAAAAUAACAUUACUAAAAAAAUAAAAUAAAUAAAUAAAGCUUUAUUGCACUCCGUAAACUGGAUUUGGAGUACGGAUGCCUUUGUUCAUAGUGUGUAGCUUUGAGCAAAGACAUUGCUAGAGUGCUAAAUCACACACUGUUCCAUUCCUGUGUUUAUAGGCUUUGUGUUUUAUAUACCAAUUUCUAUUACUCUGCUUGGUAAUGUGUAUAUUUGCACUUACACUGCUGCAACAGUCCUCUCAUGUUCUAUCUAAAAUCAUCCUCGCUGUCAUGUUUUUUUGUUUUUGUUUUACUCAAGUUAAUAAAAUAUAUGAUAUUAUAAUGACUUGCUCCCUAUGGUGCACGUCACAUGCAA